AUGGGAGUGAAGUUGUCGCCUGCAGAUAGCCUUCACUCACCAUCAACUUCCAGCAUCAUGCUGAGAAACCAUCAUCAUCGUGAACGUGAAGAUUGUCCAUCAUCAUCAACCAGCGAUGACUUGAGAUACCUCUCUAAAGUAAUCCUCCCACCUCUGGGUGAUUCAACUGACUAUGCCCAGAACCAGGCUGAUUCCACCAGCAGAAUCAUCUCCCCAAUGGACUCCAGAUACAGGUGUUGGGAGACAUUAAUGGUGCUUUUAGUCUUUUACUCUGCGUGGGUAUACCCCUUCGAGGUGGCAUUCCUUAAUUACUCUCCAAGUAGAGGAUUAUGCAUCGCCGACAACAUCGUUGAUCUCUUCUUUGCAGUUGAUAUUGUCUUAACCUUCUUUGUUGCCUACAUUGAUCGCACUACUCAGCUCUUAGUCUGCGAACCCAGGAAGAUCGCCGUCAGGUAUUUGGCGUCGUGGUUUUGGAUGGAUGUGGCGUCGACGGUGCCGUUCGAGGCACUGGCCUUCCUCUUCACCGGCCAACGCCGGAUGGGUCUCUCCUUUUCUCUCCUCGGAAGUCUCCGAUUCUGGCGAAUCCGCCGGGUGAAACAGUUCUUCACAAGGCUGGAGAAGGAUAUCAGAUUCAGCUAUUUCUGGGUGAGAUGCGCCAGGCUGUUGUCUGUGACGCUGUUCCUGGUGCACUGCGCCGGGUGCCUCUACUACCUGCUGGCGGACAGGUAUCCGCACCAGGGGAAGACAUGGAUCGGGGCGGUGAUCCCCAAUUUCAGGGAGACGAGCCUGUGGAUUCGCUACAUCUCCGCCCUGUACUGGUCCAUUACCACAAUGACCACCGUCGGCUACGGCGACAUGCACGCCGUCAACGCUAUGGAGAUGAUCUUCAUAAUCUUCUACAUGCUCUUCAACCUCGGCCUCACCGCAUACUUGAUCGGCAACAUGACCAAUCUCGUCGUCGAAGGCACUCGCCGCACCAUGGAAUUCAGAAAUAGCAUUGAAUCUGCAUCAAGCUUUGUGAGCCGGAAUAGGCUGCCUCCGAGGUUGAGAGGGCAGAUACUAGCUUAUAUGUGCUUGAGAUUCAAGGCUGAGAGCUUGAACCAGCAGCAACUCAUUGAGCAGCUCCCCAGAACCAUUUGCAAUAGCAUCAGGCAACACUUGUUCUUGCCCACUGUUGAGAAGGUCUAUCUCUUCAAGGGUGUCUCCAGGGAAAUUCUCCUGCUCUUGGUCGCAGAUAUGAAGGCCGAGUACAUACCACCCAGAGAGGAUGUAAUCCUGCAAAAUGAGGCCCCAGAUGAUGUUUACAUCAUUGUAUCAGGGGAGGUGGAGAUGAUAGACUGCGAGAUGGAGAAAGAGAGAGCUGUUGGCGCUUUUCUGUCUGGGGACAUGUUUGGAGAAGUAGGAGCUCUCUGUAGCAGACCUCAAAGCUUUACCUAUCGAACCAAGACACUUUCCCAGCUCCUCCGCCUGAAAACCAGUGCCCUCUUGGAAGCAAUGCAAACCAAACAAGAUGACAAUGUCACCAUGUUCAAGAACUUCCUUCAGCAUCACAAAAAGCUCAAGGAUUUGAGAAUUGGAGACAUAUGGCUUGAAGCUGGGGAAGAAGACGGUGAUCCAAACAUGUCCAUCAACUUGCUGACUGUGGCUGGCACAGGCAAUGCCGCUUUCCUUGAUGAGCUUCUCAAGGCUAGAUUGGAUCCUGACAUUGGAGACUCCAAAGGACGGACUGCACUGCACAUUGCAGCAUCAAAAGGGCAUGAAGAUUGCGUACUAGUACUUCUUAAGCAUGCUUGUAAUGUUCACCUGCGAGACAUGGAUGGGAACACAGCAUUGUGGGAUGCUAUAUCCGCAAAGCACCAUUCCAUUUUUCGGAUACUGUUCCACUGUGCUGCGAUAUCUGAUCCUUACAUUGCCGGUGAUCUGCUGUGCACAGCGGCAAAGAGAAAUGACCUUACAGUGAUGAAGGAGCUCCUGAAACACGGGCUGCAUGUGGACGCAAAGGACCGCCAUGGCCAGAAAGCAAUCCAGAUUGCCAUGGCAGAAAACCAGGACGACAUGGUAAAGCUCCUAGUGAUGAAUGGUGCAGAUAUUGGCAGCACAGAUAAGUAUAGUUUUCCGGCAAUGCGUUUGAAUGAAAUGCUGCAAAAGAGAGAGGUGGGAUAUCAGAUAAUGGUGCCAGACUCAUCAUCCCCAACUGAACUGCUCUUGGGGAAGAAUGAUAGAGAGCAAGAGUCCAACCCAGGAAGAUCAAAAGGACUGUGUUGUUCCAGAGUCAGUAUAUACAGAGGCCACCCGGAGCUCAGAAUGGACAGAUGUUGCACAGAAGCUGGGAGGCUUGUUAGGUUGCCUAAUUCACUUGAGGAACUCAAAAGCAUUGCAGGUGAGAAGUUUGGAUUUGAUGCCACAAAUGCACUGGUUUUGGAUGAACAAGGAGCAGAAAUUGACUCCAUUGAAGUGAUUAGAGAUAAUGAUAAGCUUUAUAUAGUUGACCCAAAUAUCUGACUUGGUCAAAGGUGGUUGAAGAAAUGGACAAGGAUCAAGAGAUGAUGCUAAGCGAAUUGUGUACGUGUUUUGUGUGCAUUAUGCAACGCGUGGUACAAUUGAAAGUGUUUUCUAGCUUGUAAGACAAGUUUGAUUAUCAUAUAAAGUUAUCCCACAAAAUUAUGUGGUUCAGUAAUAUAAACAUAUUAAAUUAUGGGAAAA